AUGUUUGGGUCUGAAGCAUUAUUGUUCAAUUCUAGGUUGAUUUUCAAUUAAUUCGAAAAGUUUCACGAAACCUAAAUGAUUACUAGCUUACUUUAUAAGCCUAUGUAAUAAAUUUUAGAAUAUAUAGGUUAGAUGAGUUCUUAUCAAAGAAACCUAUUAUCGUCAAUGAGGAGAAAAUGAGAUAAGAUGAUUCGAUAUAUGAUGAANAAAGUAUGAAAAUUUUUACCCUUUUAAGAUUGA